AUGCGUCGAACAGACAGACUCCUCUGGACGCCCUACCUGGGCGUCUGUCUGGAGGACCUGUCAACCACUAAUGUAUCUAGAGACCUCACGCUAGUAUCGAUGAUCAAGACUCGCCAAGUCCUGGAAAGGGCCUUUUACUCCCCUCCAAGCUCACCUACAUCAGCUCCGGAGAUUCCAGCAGACUUCGUCGCUGCGAUGCUGCACACCGAACUGGACAAACUCUGCGCGAGCCCUGCUGAAAACCCUAUAAUAUCAUGCCAAAUAACCUACGCCUCUUUCGCCAUCUCUGAAUUCGCCCUCACUCUUGCCUCUCCAGACCCGCAGCAUUUGCACAAAACAUAUCAGGCCCUCGAGUCCUACUUCAAAAUCUUCCUAGCAUUCCAGCCCAACGAGUACCAUGGCUUCACACUAGCGGAGCUGUACCAGCUGAUGCACGCAACCCUCUCGACGCGCAAACUUGUAUCCCAGCUUGCAACAGGCGCCUAUGAUGAGCGGCGCGUGGGAAGGCUCGAAAGCUGGUAUCAACAGGCGCGCAACAACCUCAAAGAUGCGUCGACGUGUCCAGGGGCAAAGGCAGAUGGGAGGGCAGCUGUGUUUGGCAAGUUGGCUGGCAUGCUAGAGACUUUCGGCGGGGGCGAAAUGGAAGCAUCGAGACAUCCAACAGAUAAUGGUUUUGAUAUAGGCGGGGUCGCAAGCGACAUGGUUCCUGGGGAGGAUUGGUUGGAGGUGAUGGAUCAGUUCGGAUGGACGUUUUGA